AUUGUUGAGAAUCCCAACUCGCAGCCAUGUCCGUGACCUCAACUUCCAGUACUUCAUCUUCUCUCCACUCCAAUCUCAAAUCCUUCUUCCUCUCUAAGCCCAUUUCGCCUUCUCGGCUCUUUCUCCGGCAAAUCUAUGGCCGCCGCCGGCAGUCGAAUUCGGCCGGCGUGUUGUCCGUUAAAGCUUACAUGGAGAAUCCGAACUCUCUGUCCGGAUUUGCGAAUAAGGUGAUCGGAUCUCUGCCGGUGGUCGGACUGAUCGCGAGGAUUCUGAGUGACGAAGGCGGCGUCGGCAGCGACAUUAUUGAUUUUGCGGAGUUCCGGAGACGAGUUGGGAAGAAAUGUACGAUUAUGGAAUCUAAAGCCUUUUAUGAAUUUCAAGAAAGAAAAGGCAAGGCAGGAGAACCUUUGUAUGUUCUAUUAUGUUGUUGGCUGGCAGCUGUUGGAGCUGGUUUGCUUAAAUCGGAGGAAAUUUUGGAAGGAGUAGCAAGGCUUCGUAUUUCAAAUGAUAUUGAAUUUGAAGAGGAGACUUUCCUUGCUAUGAUGAAUGAGGCUAGAGAGAAACGAGAGAAACUAAAAGUUGCUGUUCCGAACAUACCAAUGGAGGUUCGAGUUGAGAAAGCACUUGAUGCCAUUUAUGUUUGUUCCUUUGGGAGAGAUCCAAUAGAGGAAGAUGAUGAGAAACUUCUGGUUAUCAUGUUGAGUGCUGUUUUUGCAUCUGUUAGGGAAACUGAGAUUCAAAGGAUUGUGAAAGAGAAGGCAAUUAGAAUUGCUGAAGGCAAGGACAUUGCCAUUGUUCCUGAGCCACAGCCUUUGUCAAAAGAAGCUAUUUUAGCUCAAAUGAAGGACCUUCAAUUCCUCCAAGAGAAGACUGAGACUUAGCCAUAGUUUAGUUUGUUUGUAACUUUGAACUCUUAAAGUUUGUAAGAUUUGAAUCUUCUGCUCCACAAUUCUCUUAAUUUAGAAAAAUAUUGGCGGUUAAUUAUGAUAUUAAUAUUUUAGAUUA